GUUGUUUAAAAGUUAAUUAAUUAAGCAGCUUUGAUGAUUCAUCCAUCACCUUCACCUGCUUCGUUUACUGUCCACCUAUUAAACAUUAAUUUAAUCUCAAAUCUCCGUUUUAAACCCUCAAAUUCCCUCAACAAAUUCAUGGAUAAAUUCCGAAAAUCCUUCACCAGAUCACCACCCCACGAAUCUCAGAUCGAACCAGAAGAAAAACAAAUCUUACUUCACCAAAUCGAUCACACCAUUGAUCUCAGUUCUGUUACAACCUCUAACGCCGUCAUGCGUCCGCCACCCUCACCGUCACCCUCAUCCUCACCACCCACUUCCGACGAACGCCGGCAAAACAUUAAUGUUGCAUCUCCUACUGAACAACAAGUAGACGUACCAGCGUACCCACAAAACCGUUUCAAGACUACAAAUAUGAAUGCUGAACAACAAAUAGAUUUACAGCAAAACCGUUACAAAACCCCCAUUAUCAAUGGUGCUGUGGGUACUGGUGCUAGUGAACAAAUAGAGCUAGCAGCACACACCCAAAGCUCUAACAAAGUAUGGCGAGACUCAAGCUACGAUUUCUCCAACGACAACGAUAAAUUCGACUUCAUAACCUCACCACAGCUGUCACCGGCGUUAUCACGGAUCGCCGAGAGUCCAAACAACUACGGAAUCCUCACGCCGAAAGACGUAAGGGUUUCGUUUCACGAAGAGGUGAUUGAACCGCAACAGCCACGGCACCGGUCGAACCGGUCAAACGGGAGUAACCGGAACAGUCCCGGUGGUGGUGGUGAAGAAGUAACAGUUUGUUCAGCGAAUGCUUCGUUUCGUGGGAAAUCGAGCUUGUUACGGACGAAAACGAAGUCGAGGUUGAUAGAUCCGCCGGAGGCGGAUCAGAGAUCGGGCCGGUUAUCGAAAUCGGGGUUGUUAAACAAAGGGGGUAGCGAAAUCGAUGAAGAUGAUCCGUUUUUGGAUGAGGAUUUACCGGAUGAGUAUAAGCAGUUAAGGUAUAGCAAAUGGACUUUACUUCAAUUGUUUAGUUUGAUAUUGAUUCUUGCUGCUUUGACCUGCACACUUACUAUUCCGUUUUUAGUGCAUAAGACUUUGUUUGAUCUUGAAUAUUGGAAAUGGGGGGUUAUGUUGUUAGUUUUGGUAUGUGGGAGAUUGGUUUCGGGUUGGGGGAUACGCGUUACCGUGUUUUUGAUUGAACGGAACUUCAUGUUGCGAAAACGGGUGCUGUAUUUUGUCUACGGGCUGCGGAAAGCGGUUCAGAAUUGUGUUUGGUUGGCUUUGGUUUUGAUCGUUUGGCAAUGUAUAUUCGAUCGGAAAGUCGAACGGAUGGACGCUGGGAGAAAUGUUUUGCCAUAUGUGACCAAGAUUUGGGUGUGUCUUUUGGUUGGUACUAUUGUUUGGUUGUUUAAAACAUUGUUGGUGAAAGUACUCGCUUCUUCGUUCCAUGUGAGCACGUUUUUUGACCGGAUUCAAGAAUCUUUGUUCAACCAGUAUGUGAUUGAGACGCUUUCGGGCCCACCGUUGAUUGAGAUUCAACAAGAACGCGAAGAGGAAGAUCGUGUGAUCGAAGAGGUUCAAAAGCUUCAGAACGCGGGGGCCACUUUACCACCUGAUCUGAAGGCGAAUAUAUUUAAGAAAAGUGGGAGGUUUAUUGCUACUCCGAGAACUAACACUACCACUCCCAUGGCUGGUAAAAGUGGUAAAUUUUUUUCUGAAGUUAACACGCCUAAAAAAGUCGAUGAGGGGAUAACUAUUGAUCAUCUGCACCGGUUAAAUCAGAAGAAUAUAUCGGCUUGGAAUAUGAAACGGUUGAUGAAUAUUGUUCGUACGGGUGUAUUGUCUACUCUAGAUGAGCAAUUGCAGGGUGCGACGGGUGAUGAAGACGAGUCUGCAGUACAGAUUACAAACGAAAAGCAGGCGAAAAUUGCAGCCAAGAGAAUUUUCUUAAAUGUUGCUAAACAAGGCUCUAAACGUAUUUAUUUAGCGGAUUUGAUGCGUUUUCUGAGAGAGGAUGAAGCUUUGAAGGCAAUACACCUCUUUGAUGGAGAAUGUGAAACGAAAGGAAUCAGCAAAGGAGCUCUAAAAAAUUGGGUGGUUAAUGUAUUCCGAGAACGAAGAGCACUUGCAUUAUCUCUCAAUGACACAAAGACAGCCGUAAACAAACUCCAUCAAAUGUUGAACGUAGUUGUCGGGAUCUUAAUAAUCGUGAUUUGGCUUCUUAUACUUAAAGUCGCAACUACACAUUUCUUUAUUUUCCUAAGUUCACAAUUGCUUUUGGUCGUGUUCGUGUUUGGUAACACAUGCAAGACAACAUUCGAGGCCAUUAUUUUCUUGUUUGUGAUGCAUCCGUUUGAUGUGGGCGAUCGUUGUGAAAUCGACAGUGUUCAGAUGAUAGUUGAGGAGAUGAAUAUAUUAACAACGGUUUUCUUGAGGUACGACAAUCAAAAAAUUAUAUACCCGAACAGUGUCUUGGCCACAAAACCGAUUGCCAAUUAUUACCGUAGUCCGGAUAUGGGAGAUGCCAUCGAUUUCUGUAUACAUGUAUCAACUCCUGUAGAAAAAGUUGCUCUCAUGAAGGAAAGGAUAACAAGCUACAUUGAGAACAAGAGCGAUCAUUGGUACCCAGCACCUUUGAUCAUAGUGAGGGACGUUGAAGACUUGAAUCGGCUAAAGAUCUCGAUAUGGCUUUCACACCGUAUGAACUUCCAAGACAUGGGUGAAAGAUGGCAACGCCGAGCUCUUUUAGUCGAAGAAAUGAUCAAAAUCUUUAGAGACCUUGAUAUUGAAUACCGUAUGCUCCCGGUUGAUAUUAAUGUCCGUAACAUGCCGUCCUUGUCCUCAAACCGGCUUCCCUCAAAUUGGACCGCGUGCACAAAUUGAUCAUGCCAUUAGACACAAAUACUCGUUUACAGUACGUUAUACGCUUUGCACUUGUUACAUGGUAGAAUACUUGAUCGAUAUGUAUAUACCUUGUUAUAAAAGUUUCUCGAUACGAUAGGAUCAUUGUUCGAGUACAUUUUAUUGGUUGAUGAUACGUGAAUCAGAUUCGAGCAGCUGUUGUUUUCA